AAUUGCGUCAAAUUUCACUUUUUAAAGAUUCUCACACACCCAGAAAGCUUCAGUGUGUUGUUUCCUUUUCUACAUCUGAAGGCAAAGGGUGUUCUCUUGUAGGAGAAAAAUGGAAGGUCCCGAUGUUGGAUUUGCAUGGGCAGUUGCCUCGGCUGCCUGUUUCAUGAAUUUCAUCAUGGCUGGUCUAGGGAGGAUGUCUGGUAUCCUAUUUGUGGCCUUCAUAGAAUUCUUUCAAGUAGACAGGAAGAGGGCCUCUAUACCUUUCAGCGCAAGAUCUUCAGCUAGAAAUUUGUUUGGUCCAGUUGUAGGAAUCUUGGGUCAAAAAUAUGGCGCCAGGAAAGUGAUCGUAUCUGGAAGCCUGAUCGGUAGUAUUAGCUGCAUCCUCUGUUUCUUUACGACCGACAUCGUAUGGAUAACCAUUCUGUGGGGUGUCAUAAAUGGUCUUGGUACGGCUCUUACUGUCACUCUGCCACAGGUUGUUAUUGGUCAGUACUUCGUCAAGUAUCGCACUACAGCUGCAGGCAUGGGGUUCUCUGGUGGUUGCGUCGGCUCAUUCUUGUUUCCAGUGCUGAUAGAAUAUCUUCUACAAAAUUUUGGACUCGAAGGAACAUUCUUGAUGAUUGCCGCACUCGUAAUGCACACCAUUCCGGCGGCGCUAAUUUUGAGAAAGCCAUCUUGGCUUAACAAGAAGUCGCCAAGAGAUUUUAAAAGUUUAUGUGUGACACAAGUUUCGUCAGACAACCGUUCUGAUUGCAACAAGAACAACGCUAGACUCGAAAAGCACCGACUGCACAAUGAUCUGAAUAAUUUCCACGAUACUGUCAUCUUUUCCGUGCAACAGCGACCAUUUAAAAAUGGAAUUGAAAAUCCUUGUAUGUCUGAUGAGUUUUUCCCAGAUGUUGCGUUCCUAAAACGGAAUAGUGAAUUGGUGGUUAAAUUGUUUUCAUUGCCGAUUUUAAGCGCAGAUAUUUUAGAAAUUGAUUUCCAUGAAUUUAGUGUCAUGGCUGUAAUUCAGAGCCUGUGCCAGUCACAAACCUAUUCAAAACAAAUCCACGAAAGUGCUGAACCACCGACACAGAGACUUUUCUACAUUGGCGAGGACAAGGAACACUUGAAACUUAUUGCGGACCAGCAAUACAGAAGCUUCCACUUGCAAAGGAAGCCUUCAAACGAAGCUAUGCUCCCCAGAGUACAUUCCGUGCCUGAUAUACUUGUAAUGAACGACGAAGAAUCGAGAAGCUUUGUUUUGCGAAAAUUACUGAUUCUUCGAAACGUAAACGAACAGCAAAUUCUUGCCUACUUCCCAGAAGCGAGGGUAAAAAUUAUUCGAGUGGUUACGGAACUACGUAAGAUAAGAAUACCGUACGAUAUAGAAAAACUCCAGCAAAAAGAAAUGCUAGUGAGCAACUCAGUUAAGAAUAACUCAGAACAGCUGAAUUCGAAUUCAUUUGCUGAGCACAUAAAAACUGCAUUCAAACUGUAUGCCAAUCCUCUAUUCUUGAUGAUUUGCAUUUGCCGAUCUGUCCACUUCAUUACCUUUGUUCCGGCCAUCACGACAGUUGUCGAUUUCGCCAUGGAUAAAGGUUUGAGGGAGGAAGAUGGUAAAUAUGUUAUUGCUGCCAUAUCCCUGGGCGAUCUUCUCGGACGCCUGUGCCUUGGAUGGAUAACUGACCGCGGGUUCUUGCCUCUUCCGAAGUAUAUGAUGAUAGUGAUGGUUCUGCAGGCCAUCAGUACGGCUUCUCUGCCGUUGAUGCAUACACGAAUAACACUAUUCUUGAAUUUGGCGUUGUUCGGUAUGUUGCAAGGGUCACUUUUUGUUCGCCAUCCUGUAUUGGUUUCAAAAUACAUGAAGAAAAAUGAACAGUCUAUAGCUAUGGGAUGUGUCAAUUUUUUCUCUGGAUUACUAGGAUUUGGACUUCCGAUGUAUAUCG